AUGGAAAGUGCUCAGGCUGCGGAGGAUGGCGCGGGCAAACUCAUGAAGAAGCCCAGUGGACUGUCUGCUGCCCGGGGGAGUCCAGCGGACGAUUGCGUUGGACAUUUAGCACCGUCUCCCGUAGAUGCCAAGAACACGGGUCCUCCGCACAGCACCGUGGGCUCGAGUGCGUCAAAGCGGUCUGUGGCGUCGAACGGCCGGGGCGCAUCCAACAACUCCAGCUCCCUCCUGUUGAGACGCAGGCGCCUAAAGAGGAACCUCUCCGCUGUCACCACCAAGAUGAGUUCGGCCCUGUCCCCCGCAUCCCUGCACACCCGCAGCCUCGACCGGAAGACUCUGCUCAAGCACCGGCAAUGCAUGCAGCUCCAGCCCGGGGACCGGGACUGGGUGCGCGCUGACCUGCACCGCGGAGCCGUCCACGUCCACGACAGACUCGCUCCGUCUUAUCCCAGGCCGGUCCUUUGCACUAUGGACACUACAGCUGGAGAGCUGGCGCUUCGUUUGAGUAAACUCAGUAAGUCCACUUCAGUCAUGCGCAUUUUUUCUAAAGAUAAUCCCAAAAUCGACCAAAAUGGUAACUGCAACGUGAAAAGUGAAUAUGACGAUAACCAUUGCAAGCGGAGCGAUGAGUCAAGUUUAAAGUGCACUCUUGGAUCUAGUGAACUACGGGAGCAUCCGAGUGACAGGCUGAGGCUGCUGCUAAUGGAGAAUGCAAAUGAGCGGCAAAAGCAACAGGACGUUGAUGAGAAACUUUUCAGCCCCGAUUCUGAAUCACAGGACAAUAUGACGUGCUCUAUGUCCGAUCUAAACUGCAAUAUCCAUACCCCCAACGACGAUGACUCGGAGGGCAGAAACGGAGCAGACAGCUAUGGCUUGAAUUCUGGCUCUGAUGUGGAGAGCAGUGCGUAUGACGACCUCAGCUCUGGGGCACAUCUCAGUGAACACAGAGACUCCCUCAGUGAUGACAUGAUCCUGGGCACAGAGGCGUCCAUCCUCAGCCCCUCUUCUGACCUGUAUGGCAGCUCCUCUGACGAGCUAGAGCUUGAAUGCUCUGCAAUCAGCACAAAUACGGAGUCCAAUUCCCAACACCACUCCAAUGGUGUCUCUGGAAACUACCAGCAGUGUAGCAUAGAGCAUUUAAAUGACAUGACCAACAAUAUGGGAGCAGAUAGCAGACACAGCCCACAUGGUCUGGGCAGAUUGCCACCCAGCAGCAGUGCCGGCUCCCUGUCAACAGCCUGUUCCACAGGUACUACACCUGACAUCCAGGAGCUUGACUGUGGCCAAGAUGUGGGGCAGCUGACAGGGGGAGAUCCUGGAGACUCUGGCCCUGUGUUGUAUGUCCAGCUGCAUGGAGAAGCUGUCAGGAGGCUCAGACCAGAUGAGAGACCUUUACAGAUUCAGAAUGACUUCCUAUUUAAGCUUGGAUUUAAGGAUCCCUGGAGAGUACAAGAAGAAGGGCUGAACACGGAAAUUGGCUCUUUGUUGCGGUUUUAUGCAGGUCACCUGAGCACACUCUUGAUCCAGAGGCACAGGCGUCUGAGUGAACCCACUGUGGUGACAGAGGACAAUGAGAGCACUGUCACUGUGCUGUCAGGAAAAGUGUAA